GAGAUCCCCAAUCUCAUGUCAGAUUGAUUUGACAGGAAUUAAUAUGAUGUGAUGGAGGGGUGAUGUCCCAGUCAGAGGAGUGAUACGGCUAAAGCAGCCAUGACUGAAUGUUUCCUGCCUCCCAGCAGCAGCCCUGCUGAGCAGCGCAGGGCUGAACACCCGGGCAGUGUUGCUCGCACCCCCAGCUCUGAGGAAAUCAGCCCCACUAAGUUCCCAGGGUUGUACCGCACCGGCGAACCAUCGCCACCUCAUGAUGGCCAUCACCAUGAGGCACCUGACACCUACGUCUCAGACGAUGACAAAGAACACAGCAAGAAGAAGAACAAGUUCAAGAAGAAGGAGAAAAGGACGGAAGGCUACGCCGCCUUUCAGGAGGACAGUUCAGCAGACGAAGCAGAGAGCCCGUCUAAGAUGAAGCGCUCUAAGGGAAUUCAUGUGUUCAAGAAGCCGAGCUUCUCCAAGAAAAAGGAAAAGGACUUCAAGGUGAAGGAGAAGGGCCCCAAGGAGGACAAGGCCAAGGAUAAGAAAUCUAAGGACCUGACUGCUGCAGACGUGGUUAAACAGUGGAAAGAGAAGAAGAAGAAGAAGAAGCCCACAACUGAGGUGGAGACGGUCCCGGUGGAGACCCCCACCUUCAGACCCAUCUUUGGAACACCUCUGGCUGAAGCCGUCAAGAGAACAGCUCUGUAUGAUGGCAUCCAGCUGCCAGCCAUCUUUAGAGACUGUGUGGACUACAUUGAAAAUUAUGGCAUGAAGUGUGAGGGCAUCUACCGGGUCUCAGGUAUGAAGUCCAAGGUGGAUGAGCUAAAAGCGUCAUAUGACCGUGAGGAGUGCCCCACCCUGGAGGAGUAUGACCCCCACACAGUUGCCAGUCUAUUGAAGCAGUACCUUCGGGAGUUGCCUGAGAACCUGUUGAGCCGAGACCUGGCCCAGCGCUUUGAGGAGGCCUGCGGUCGGCAGGUGGAGGCUGAGAAAGUGACAGAGUUCCAGAGGCUGUUGUCCGAGGUGUCGCCCGAAAGCCGACUUCUUCUCUCCUGGCUCAUCACGCACAUGGACCACGUCAUUGCCAGGGAGGCCGACACCAAGAUGAAUAUUCAGAAUAUCUCCAUUGUCCUCAACCCAACCAUACAGAUUGGGAAUCGUGUUCUUUACGUGUUCUUCACCCAUGUGAGGGAGCUGUUUGGAGACGUAGUCCUGAAGCCAGUGGUGCGGCCCCUUCGCUGGUCCAACAUGGCAACGAUGCCAGCGCUGCCCGAGACCCAGGAGAACAUCAAAGAGGAGAUCCGACGACAGGAUUACCUUCUGAACCGCCUGCACAGGGAUCUGCAGGCGGGUGUGAAAGACUUGUCCAAAGAGGAGAGACUCUGGGAGGUUCAGCGAAUCCUGACGGCUUUGAAACGCAAGCUGAGGGAGGCCAAACGUCAGGAGUGUGAGACUAAAAUAGCCCAGGAGAUAGCGAGCCUGUCAAAGGAAGAUGUUUCAAAGGAGGAGAUGACUGAGAAUGAAGAGGAAGUUAUCAACCUCCUCUUAAAACAGGAAAAUGAGAUCCUGACGGAGCAGGAGGAGCUGAUCUCUCUUGAGCAGGUGCUUCGUAGGCAGAUAGCUACUGAGAAGGAAGAAAUUGAGAGACUGCGGGCUGAGAUUGCAGACAUACAGAGUCGGCAGCAGGGUCGCAGUGAGACAGAGGAAUAUUCAUCAGACAGUGAGAGUGAGAGUGAGGACGAGGAAGAGCUGCAGAUGAUUUUGGAAGAUCUGCAAAAGCAAAACGAGGAACUGGAGAACAAAAACACCCACCUGAAUCAGGCCAUCCACGAGGAGCAAGAGGCCAUCUUGGAGCUCCGCGUCCAGCUCCGCCUUCUGCAGAGCCACAAGCUACAGCAAGAGCUGACUGUCCAGCUGCCAGCUGAGCAGGCCCCCCCCACACAGCCGAGCCCAGAGGCCCGCAGCGAGGAGCAAACCAAACGCUCUGUCAUUGCGGUGGCUGCUAGCACAGAUGUGGCUGCCUCGGCCAAUGGAAAGGCAGCUAAGGAUCCUUCAAAGCCCUCGCCAAGCAAAGACAGGAGAGACACCAACAUGUGAGAUGUCAGCGAGGUAUUUGGUGGCUCUGUGCUGCUGUACAUCUCUGCCGCUGGUCAGUUGUCCUGUAGCGUCACUCAUUAUCCACUGGAAAGUUUACAUGGCUGGAGUUAACUGUGGCAGCCAUGGAAAAAUCUGUUACACUGUCUUUGUUGUCCUGGCUCAGCAAAAUCAUAUACAUUGUUUCCCAUUUUCCCUGGCAAAACACACACACACACAAGUAAAGCAGCUGCUGUGGCGGACAACUGGCUCCUACUGUGAGAGACUUGGUGGGACCAUAUUAUCAGAUUCAGUGCCAAGCUUGUAUGAAGGAAGAGGAGGGAGGAAGACAUGGCAUGAAGGGAUUUAUAAAGCAAGUAAGGGAGUGGAAGGAAGAGUUGAUUACAGUAGGUUUAUUUUUUCACCUAAGGACUUAAGAAAUAAUUACCAGAUACAUUCUCAUUCCCUUACCCAAACGGAAGCUAGAGAACACUGUGCCAUAACUGAAGAUGCCAGACUGAACAAGUUUCCCCAGAGAACCACUAAUAGAAAUAGCUCUUUGAAUACUGUAAAAUUUAUGAUUUGUCUAGUAUCUAUAUAUUGUAUAUUGAAGUAGUAUUCUGAAGAAUGCAGAUGACUAUUCAAGAAAGAGAUUAACUUAAAUUGACAGCCUUUUAGUGAUAUAUAUAUAUAUAUUAUAGAUUUUUUUCUUUGAAUAGCAGAUGCACAUAAACAUAGUGGCGUUGUACUUCACAACUGACCAACGGAUGAAAACAUGAAUGGAAAAUAAAGAUGCGACAAAAGUAUAUUCAUCACUGUAAAAUGUAGACAAACAGCUGGAAGUGACAUUGUGUGAAACAACACUUUGUAGUGCAGUCGUCUUUUCUGUUUUUCCAGUUUGCUGAUAGCAGAUCCACAGUGAUGACUCUGGUCUCCAGAAACACACAGGAGGCUUGAUUAGUUUUGAUGUAUAUUUUAGUUUUUUGGGGGUUUUUUUCAUGACAUUAAUUGGAAAUGAAUAACCACAACAGAAGUCAAUCAUUUAAUUUCACAACUGAUCCACGAUUAUUGCAAAGUACUGUCAUUGUUCAGUGAUAUUUAAAGCAAAGGCAUGGCCUGACUUAUUUACAUUUGUGUAUAUUAUUGUAAAAUUGCAGACAUACUGUACUUUGAGCUCUUUUGUUUGGUCCUUUAUUUUCGUUUUGUUAAUGACCUGUGUGGAAAAUGCUAGUGUGACAGUGCCUGCUUUGGUCACAGACACAUCUCAUCUUAUGAUUCAUUGCAUUUUUAAUCUUGUGACUGAAACAGAUCGAUGCUAGAUUGGGCUCAGAAUCUUCUCAUAGGGUUAUUUUCGUAUUGUUCCAAGCUUUUAUAGCCCAUUGUUGCAGACAGAAUAAUGCUGUAAUGAAUAAAAUGUCAAUCUGAAUAAUAUA